AUGGUAGCGGUUCAUGGCGGGCAGGACGAUUCCCCUGCCUCUCCUGGCGUCACAAGACCACUCGUUACCCAGACGGCAGGUGGAGAUAUCGUAGUUGACACCAUCAUGGCAGACGACCAGCAGGCGGUUCCCGUAUCGAGCCACGGGCCAGACACGGUCGGAGCCUCGGUCGAUCACGGUUUAAACUCGUCAACGCCUGGCGGCGGCGACGGAGCGUCGACGCGUCAGACAGCGGUAUCACAACCCCGAUUACCUGAGGGGGUAAAGACGACUUCAUCCACGCCGGCCGUGGAGCACGUACCUCCUAAGGAGCUUUUUGAGGCUCUAAUUGAGUCGAUGAAAGCCUCACCAGGCCCAACCAACGUUGAUGUCUGGCGUCUGUCCAUCCAGGACCUAUUUACAGCGGAAUAUGCUCGGAUACCGGUAAGCGUCGACGCGUUACCGGCCGGACGCACAAGGUUUCCCAAGCUUGAGGGACCUGAGGCGGAAAGCUUGCUAGAUCUUUUUCGACGCUGUUAUGUGUCAGCUUCUGGAAGUUUCGCCGACUGGAAACGACUGGCGCAUCAGAUCAGCAAAGAACUCCUCCUGACGAAGUGGGCAUUCAAGGAGAUCAUAAGAAAAUUGGUCAGUCAGCAAAAGUGGGCCACUGCUCCUGUCCCCAAUCAAUGGGCAGAAGUCGUGCGGGCGGGUAAUACGGCUCGCCAAAUGGACGGGGAGAACAAAGGAAGCAUAACCUAUGAUUAUUUUAUGUUUGACCCGGCCAAAUUCUCGUUGGAAGACCCGAUUACACUAAAGGCCAUAUGUGUGGCCCGGCUAGGUAACACGGGCUUCCAACGGCUACGUGAGGGGUCUGAUGACGAAUGGCGCAUUAUUGUGGGUAUUGCCGAAGGGCAUAUAGUCUGUCGCCGGAUGCCAGACUUUCUACGAUCGGUUCUGGACAGCAAGGAACGUCUUAGGCUGUACAGUACCGUUCAGGCGCAGGUGGAGGGUCAAUUAGUUCUCCAUAUCAGCGGUGGGCGUGACAUUCCUCUAAGUCGUCAGACAACGAAGGCCAUCACGGAGAAGAUUCUGGAAUCAGCCGAGCUGUUGAGGGUCAGUUUGCCCUAUCUCCAUCGCCUGCUGGGAUCAACGAAAACGAUCAGUUACAAUCGAUCAACCCGGUCGAUUCACUUUUUCUUUUUUUCGCGGGACAAGGCAAAGAAGCUCCAGGACGUUCAAGUGCCUUUUCAAGGUCGAGUUUAUACGCUGGAGAACGCCCAUCAGCCGGUAAGGGGAUCGGUAUGGCUGAACCAGCGGGGUCCAGAUGAUUCGACGACAUUGGACGCAUAG